UCUAUAGUACUUGUAACUUGAUGAUGAAGCUGUUCUGUGUCUUUCGCGGAAAUCACCCAAGACUAAAAGCACAGAAGCAGGGGUUGUGCACCCGUUUGGACAUCCUUCCUUUUGUAAUAUUUUUUCCAGUGAGAGGCUGAAUGUGUUUCAGAUGGGUUGUUGAUAUACACAUCUGUCUCUGAGGAGCGACGUUAGCACUUAAAGGAAACCAAAUCUGGCAUCACACACGGCCAUGUGGAGCAAUGGAAGGCCAAUAUGCAAAACAUUGUCUGACUCAGAGGAAUGAUGGAGACAGAAGAAGAAUUCUAAACUUAUGUUUAGCUGACCAAAUGCUCAUGAAAUCAACGGCUCAUCACAUGGUACUCAUCUGUUAGGUACACUGUGAAGGUAAAAUACAUUUGUAAAGCUGAAUAUGUUCACAAUACGGGGACUUUGUUUGAUCAUGUUGGUGAUGAGUAGGCGUGCUUAGUCUGUGCCUAUCAUACAGAACUAACAGAGUCAACUGACAGUACUGGAUCAGGUGACCACGGAUGGAGCGAUGUAAGAAGAUAUCUUCAGUGCACAGGUUCUGACAAUCAACACUCUGCUGUGAUUUCUGCCACAUGUGGACUCUUAGAGGGAAAAAGUUGACUACUCAGCAGAGGACAAAUUUCUAGAUGUUUCCUUGAGAAGUACCCCAGCAGUUGUUCUUCUGCAGGACAACAAACUGUCUGAUUUUUGAUUAAAAGGCAGAAGUCUUCACCAUGCCUCGGAACCGAGCGUUUUCUGAGCCAGAGUUCUCAGCAGAGUAUUCAGCAGACUGUUCUGUAACGUUGCCCUCUGACCCAGGGCAGGCAGUGGGACGAACACAUGAGGUCACAGUGCGGAGUUCAGGAUGCUGCCUUUGCCUGCCUCGAUUCAUGCGUCUCACCUUUGCACCUGAGUCUCUGGAGAACCUCUACCAGACCUAUUUUAGACGUCAAAGACAUGAAACUCUGCUGGUGCUUGUUGUGUUUGCUGCACUGUUUGACAGCUACAUCAUCGUCAUGUGUGCGGUGGUCUACUCUACUGACAAGCUGGCUUCUGUUUUAGUGGCAUCAGUGGGGCUGGCAGCAGAUAUUAUCCUCUACCUGCUGUGCCGCCAUGGGCUGCUGCCAGACCGCAUCUCACGACGGGUGGUGCCAUACGCCCUCUGGGUGCUCAUAGCAACUCAGAUAUUCUGCUACCUGGGUCUGAACUACGCUCGCUUCCACCAGGCCAGUGACACAGUAGGCUGGCAGGCUUUCUUCAGCUUCUCCUUUUUCCUAACUCUGCCUUUAAGACUGACACCUAUUGUGCUUAUCACUACUGUGUCCUGUGGGGUCCAUACCCUGGUUCUGGGUGUCACUAUCGCCCAGCAGCAACAGGAGCACAUUCAGGGCGCAGCACUUGGCCGACAGCUACUGGCCAACAUUGUGAUAUAUGUUUGUGCCAUCACUGUGGGAGUCAUGUCAUACUACAUGGCUGACCGGAAGCAUCGGAAGGCAUUCCUGGAGGCGAGACAGUCACUGGAGGUCAAACUGAACCUGGAGGAGCAGAGCCAGCAACAGGAGCGUCUUCUGCUCUCCAUUCUUCCAAAGCACAUAGCUGAUGAGAUGCUUCAAGACAUGAAGAAGGAGCCAAGUCAGAAAGAGAUGCAGCAGUUCAACACCAUGUACAUGUACAGACAUGAAAAUGUCAGUAUUUUGUUUGCAGACAUCGUUGGCUUCACCCAGCUAUCAUCAUCUUGCAGCGCUCAGGAGCUGGUCAAACUGCUUAAUGAACUCUUUGCUCGAUUUGACAAGCUGGCUGCAAAAUAUCACCAGCUGCGGAUAAAGAUCCUGGGAGACUGCUACUACUGUAUCUGUGGGCUGCCAGACUACAGGGAGGACCAUGCUGCCUGCUCCAUCAUGAUGGGCUUGGCCAUGGUGGAGGCCAUCUCGUACGUCCGAGAGAAAACUCAGACCGAUGUUGACAUGCGGGUUGGAGUGCACAGUGGUACAGUCCUGGGUGGAGUGCUGGGCCAGAAACGCUGGCAGUAUGAUGUUUGGUCCACAGACGUCACUGUGGCCAACAAAAUGGAAGCUGGAGGGAUUCCAGGUCGUGUUCACAUCUCACAGAGCACCAUGGAGUGUCUUCAUGGGGAAUUUGAUGUGGAGCCAGGUAAUGGAGGUGACCGUUGUGACUACCUGAGAGAGAGAGGCAUCGAGACUUACCUGGUUGUUGUUCCUAAAGGACCUUUAGGAAAGAGUGGCAUAAAUGGUGUGAAGCUGUCUGUAACAUCAUCCAAUGGAAACUCCCCACUGUUAAUCAACACCACAGAGUGUAAUGGCAGUGUUAACACAGCCUGCACCACACCAGAGGAACCAGAAGAACUGGAUGCAAGGGUGGUAAAUCCUUCUUUCCCUAACCCCCGGAGAAGGCUACGGCUACGGGACCUGGCUGAAAGGGUGAUUGAUGCUCAGGAGAAUGAACAGGAGCUCAACAAACUGCUAAAUGAGGCUUUGUUGGAGAGAGAGACAGUUCAAGUUCUGAAGGGGAAACACACUAACAGGCUCUCGCUGAGAUUUGUGGAUCCAGACCUGGAAACCCGUUACUCUGUGGAGAAGGAAAAACAGAGUGGAGCAGCCUUCUGCUGCUCUUGUGUGGUUCUGCUCUUCACUGCAAUAAUGGAGGCCCUCAUAGACCCCUGGCUGAUUGCAAACUACAUCACCUUUGCAGUGGGGGAGGUCCUGCUGCUUGUCCUGACAAUCUGUUCCCUGGCUGCCAUCUUUCCUCGAGUAUUUCCCAAGAAGCUAGUGUCUUUCUCCACCUGGAUUGACCACACCCGCUGGGCUCGUAACACCUGGGCAAUGGCAGCUAUAUUCAUCCUCACCAUGGCUGACAUCAUAGAUAUGCUGAGCUGUCUGCCCGAAGUUCCAGAUUCCGUCAGCACCACAGUUGCUCCCUCCUCUUCCUCUUCCUCCUCCACCUGGUCUGGCCUUGAAGGUUGCCUGAACAACCCUAAAUAUUACAGCUACAUUGCUGUGCUGGCACUGAUGGCCACCAAUAUGCUGGUUCAAGUCAGUCACAUGGUCAAGCUCACACUGAUGCUGCUCAUCACAGUGACCACUGGUAUCGUUAACAUCUACAGCUGGAAGGACAUCUUUGACCGCUAUGACAUGGCCCGCUUCCAGGAUUACAGGUCAUAUCUGGUGCCCUCCAAGUUCACAAUGACAAUUAUGAUCUUCAUUAUGAUGGGCAGCUUCUAUUAUUUCUCAAGACAUGUAGAGAAACUCGCACGCAUCCUUUUCCUGUGGAAGAUUGAGGUCCAUGAGCAGAAGGAGAAAGUGUAUGAGAUGAGGCGCUGGAACGAAGCACUGGUGACCAACAUGCUGCCGGAACAUGUGGCUCGACAUUUCCUGGGUUCCAAGAAAAGAGACGAAGAAUUGUACAGCCAGUCUUACGAUGAGAUUGGAGUCAUGUUUGCUUCAAUCCCCAACUUCUCUGACUUUUACACAGAAGAGAGCAUCAAUAAUGGUGGUAUUGAAUGCUUACGGUUUCUCAAUGAGAUCAUCUCAGACUUUGACAGUUUAUUGGAUGAGCCUCAGUUCCGCUGCAUCACAAAAAUCAAGACCAUUGGCAGCACCUACAUGGCAGCAUCAGGUGUCACCCCAGACGUCAGCAAUGGCUACUCCUGCAUGAAGAAAGAGGAGCAGUCUGACAAAGAGCGCUGGCAGCACCUGGCAGACCUAGCAGACUUUGCUCUGGCCAUGAAAGUCACACUCAUGAACAUUAACUAUCAGUCAUUCAAUAACUUUAUGUUACGCAUCGGUCUGAAUAAGGGAGGGGUGCUAGCAGGAGUGAUUGGAGCCCGCAAACCCCACUAUGAUAUUUGGGGCAACACUGUGAAUGUGGCAAGUCGCAUGGAGUCCACAGGGGUGAUGGGAAACAUCCAGGUGGUGGAGGACUGCUACAACAUCCUAAAGGAGUACAGCUUCCGCUUUGUGAGGAGGGGACCCAUAUUUGUGAAAGGGAAAGGGGAGCUGCUCACUUAUUUUCUGAAAGGAAGAGACAAACAAGGUUCAUUUAUCAACAGCUCCUCUGUCACUCUGCCACACCAGGUGGUAGACAGCUAAAGACUACACAAACACUCAUUCACUCCACGCACAAACAUUCCCACUCCUCAUCUACUGUGUGAUGAAGAGAGGGGCAAAGAGUUUUUGGAAUUGGAAGUCACUUGCCUAAAAACACUCAGAUACCUGAACUUAAUAAAAAGAAACACUUCAUACCUCAUUGCUUUUUACUAAAGAAAUAUUUGUUCUGCAUCUGUAGAAAAAUAAAAUGUCAGGCUCUGUUUCACUUUGAGCUUUAUUUUCAGGAACCACAAAAUUCAAAAAAAGAGCGAUAAUAUCUAGAACAUCUGAUAGCAGCUAUUUAUACAAAUUAUACAAAAAUGUAAAAUGGAGAUUUUACACCCAAUAUUAAGAUUUUUUUAAUAUAAAACCUACAUUUGCACCAAAGUGAUUUGAAAAAGACCCAUCACUAAAAUUUCCAUAAAUUUAAUAAAGUCUGACAUAUCCUGCAAAUGACCAAACAAAUCAAAUGUCCAGCCUUUUUCUGAUAGCAACAGUGACCUUUUUACUUAGCUUACUGUAGUACUUAGUUUUGUUGACAGUUUAAGAUUCCCAUGAAUCUUUAGAAGACAAACUUGAAGCUUGCAGCUUGAUUUCUCCUUUAACAUGACAAAAGUAAAUAAUGUUCUCUUUAACACUAACGGUGUCUCCUGGAAAUUAAAACAGCUUCCAUGCUGAGUAAUGCUUGCAGAUUUGUCAGACUGUAUGUCCGACACACAGCUGCCUGCGCUUCAUCUGUCCACAAUCCGAAAACUAUUUCAGCAGCUACUUGUGUCGGUUUCCAUUUCCAUGUCCUUAUCCAUUAUUUUGCCAAUCUACAAACAACAAAUGUCUCUCAAAUAUAUGAGUACUAUUUGCUUGCUCGCUUGCUCUCUCUCUUGCUCUCUCUCUCUCUCUCUCUCACACACACACACACACACACACACACACACACACACACACACACACACACACACACACACACACACACACACACACACACACACACACACACACACACACACACACACACACACUAGCCUUUUGGCAAACACACCAGUUUUGAUGCCAUCUCCUCAGCACAUGAACACUAAAUGGGCAUUGGACACCUUGCAGAAAUUUUGGAGAUCACUCCCUAGUUACACAAUACUUGUGUGGAAACCUAACAGAAUGAUCUGAGUUAAGAUUUUCUGUCCCUGAUGAGAGGACUAUUUGGAAGUGGACCAGUGAGUGGCUAGAGUGUGACAAUACAGACUGAAAUGCCACCUGCUGCAGCUCAUGUGUGGUUGUGGGUGUGUAGAAGAGUGUAUGCAUUAUUCAUAGUGUAUUUUUCCACUGCUGAAAUAUUAUUUUUCCUUAAUUCUAAUAUGGGAACAGGUGAGUUUGGUCAGUACUGCUCUCCUCUCGACUCUGGGACCUGGCACGACACACGUCUGUGCCUUGAAACUUGUUUAGCAUACAGGAUAACAGAAGUCUGUACUGCGUGUUUUAGGAGAUGGAUGGCACACCACAAAUAGUUAUCUGUGGCCUGGAUUGAUGCAAGUGCCUCUAACAGCUGUGAUCACCGUGUUUUAACUUAGUUGAAGGAUCCCAUUUCUACAGUCAGGAGAAAUUCUACCUGUCCAAUCACUGUCAAAGGAUAGUUCCAGUUUACUAUAUGUUGAGUUGCCGUUUUGUAGCACUGGUGAUUAAUUGAUUGUCAUAGUGUUGUACAAUUGAAAGGUGAGAUGUGGAAACGAGGUGACAUGAAAAAUAUGUCCAUCAGUAGCAAUCAGACAGUCAAAUAGGUUGAAAGCAAACCAAAAUGCUUGUGUCCUUUUUGUCAAAGAUAAAAAAGAAGGCAAACAGUAAAAAAGAUAAACCAGAUUAUUGUAAACAUCUACACAUUUCCCACUUUGAUUUGCUCAAUGUAAAUUGUCCUUUGCAUUGAGGAAUUACUGCAAUAUAUGCUACCUAUAGGUUUAAUCUCCAAAUAAUUUUUUUUGGUUCAUCAGGGCAAACUGCUGGAGUGUUUUCAAUCUAUCUGAUCACCUGACUGCAUGCUCCUUGACCUAUUCAGUGUGUUUCAUGGAUUCCACAGUGGCAUAUGAUCUCAACAAUUAGCUUGGAUCACUUACUAGAAAAAUCCAAAAGAAUAAAACUUCCAAACUAGAAAUUUCCUUUAACAUCACAGUGGUCUUUUGUAAAAUUUGACAGUUUGGAGCAAAAAAAAAUUCUUAAUGAUUGAAAAUUCUGAAUCAUGCUGUAAAAAUUGUGAUAGUGACUGAAAGUUCACGUUGAACUUGUUUCAUCGUUCCUUGAUGUUUGAACCACCAUUUGGAUGGACCCCAUUUUCACCUGGUACAACCCUAUGAUCUGUACCAGUAUAAUAACUAUGAGGCCUUUGCAUUAACAGAUUGGAUUACGAACUUAAACUUAGUUCUCCUUGCACUGCGGUCAAUUCUCACCACGCAAUUGAUGUAAAUAGUUAGUCAGCUGUCUUUCUGCUUCAAAUUUCUGUUUUCACUUCCACAACUCUGCUUACCAGAAUGAUAGCACAUGGAAAAGUCUCUUAAAAUUUAAAAGUUUUAGAAUUUCCCAAACUGAGAACAGAAGAGGUGGCAGGAGAAAUUCCAACCCUUUAGGUAAACUUUGCACAUUGUGUAUGAUAUUCUGACACAGAUCUAAUGGAAAUACAAUGUGGAAAUGGGGUCUAUCUUUUCUAGUUAAAUAUGCCCUGACAUCAUCUGUUUGUCUUCUACUGUCUGCUUGGUUGGUCUUGUAAAGGACUGCAUAUUGGUAAAUGAAUACAGAUGUAUAGAGCACAGGGCAGAUACGAUUGUGCAAAUGCUUAAUAGGAAGAUGAGAUAAUAAACAUUACUCAAAACUAAUUUACUCUUAGGAGGACACGUCCUCUCGUAGCUUCAGGAAGUCUCACCUACAACUGUAUCAUCUUGAACCCUCUACCCUGAUUUGGAAUACAUUGGUAAUUUAUUAAUUAACUUGUACACUGUAAAAACCUA